AUGGAUGCCAUAACUAACUAAUUUGUGUUAAAAGGACGCUACAGUGAAAAUUUUGGUUACGCUGUGCAGUUACGUCGAGGCUGCCACAGUCUUUCGCCCGCUUAUUUAGCAAUCGCGUUAACAGUGAUGUCAUUUUACUGUUAGUUUCCUGGAUGAGUCUAAAGUCUGUUUUAGUACGAUGAAGCUGAUCAUCCUCAGUGAGUACGACCAGGCAAGCGAGUGGGCUGCAAAGUACAUUAGAAACAAGAUUUUACUGUUCAAACCUGGCCCGGACAGAUAUUUCACCCUGGGUCUCCCGACAGGAAGUACACCUUUGGGUUGUUACAAGAAGCUGAUCGAAUACCACAAGAAUGGACAAAUCUCAUUCCAGUAUGUUAAGACUUUUAACAUGGAUGAAUAUGUAGGACUUCCCAGAGAUCACCCUGAGAGCUACCACUCCUUCAUGUGGAAUAAUUUCUUCAAGCACAUAGACAUAAAAGCAGAGAAUACCCACAUCCUUGAUGGCAACGCCGCAGACCUGCAAGCAGAGUGUGACGCUUUUGAGAAAAAGAUAACAGAAGCCGGGGGAAUUGAGCUGUUUGUCGGAGGCAUUGGACCGGAUGGCCACAUUGCCUUUAAUGAGCCUGGUUCAAGCUUGGUUUCUAGGACCAGGGUGAAGACCCUGGCAAAGGACACUAUCAUGGCUAACGCCCGAUUUUUUAAUGGAGAUCUCUCAAAGGUGCCCACUAUGGCCUUGACUGUGGGGGUGGGCACUGUCAUGGACGCAAGAGAGGUCAUGAUUCUCAUCACUGGAGCACACAAGGCAUUUGCUUUAUAUAAAGCUAUAGAAGACGGCGUGAAUCACAUGUGGACAGUGUCUGCGUUCCAGCAGCACCCACAGGCUGUUUUUGUAUGUGAUGAAGAUGCUACCCUGGAACUGCGGGUCAAAACUGUAAAGUACUUCAAAGGGAUGAUGCAUGUGCACAACAAGCUGGUGGAGACACUUCCCUCAGAGCUGAAGAAGAACUGAUCUUAAGAGAUUUCUUCCAGGUGUUUUCGAGGCAUUUUUCAAAAAUUAACAUUCCAGUGAUUCCUUUAUGUUCUCUUGGAGAUGCAUUCAUGGAUGUCAAGCAGCGCUUGAAAUUAACAUCAAUUAAUCUCCAUAAAAAUAAUCAGGUGCUGUUAUAAAGUGCAGGUUUUUACAUCUUCAGGUGACUGUUCAUAUAGCUGUUCUAUCCAUUUGUUCUUU